AGUGUUUUAACAGCGACCUCCCGGACAUCGCCGCCGCCUAGAACUUUCCACCGCGCGAGGCGGCGUUCUGCCGGCACGUGGUGCCCCUUGUGGGAGCGCUCGGUAAUUGCGGCAAGAGGGCGCCACCUGCCCCCAGUGACACCAUCACCCGCCAAUGGUCCCCAACCGCCCCCAGUGACACCAUCACCCGCCAGUGGUCCCCAACCGCCCCCAGUGACACCAUCACCCGCCAGUGGUCCCCAACCGCCCCCAGUGUCACCAUCACCCGCCAAUGGUCCCCAACCGCCCCCAGUGACACCAUCACCCGCCCGUGGUCCCCAACCGCCCCCAGUGUCACCAUCAACCGCCCGUGGUCCCCAACCGCCCCCAAUGUCACCAUCAACCGCCCGUGGUGUCCAACCACCCCCAGUGUCUCCAUCACCCGCCCGUGGUCCUCAACCGGCCCCAGUGUCUCCAUCACCCGCCCGUGGUCUCCAACCACCCCCAGUGUCACCAUCACCCGCCCGUGGUCCCCAACCGCCCCCAGUGUCACCAUCACCUGCCCCUGGUCCCCAACUGCCCCCAGUGACACCAUCACCCGCCCAUGGUCCUCAGUGGUACCAUCACCCUGCCCAUGGUUCCCAACUGCCCCCAGUUUCACCAUCACCUGUCCAGUAUCCACAAGUGUCCCCCAUGUCACUGUCCCUAACUGCCUCCAGUGUCCCCAACUGUCCUCAGUGUUCUCAACUGCCCCCUUUGUCACUGUCCCUGCCCAGUAUCCACAACUACCCCCAGUGUCACAGUCCCAGCUCAGUUUCCCUAACUGCCUCCAGUGUCACCAUCCUCACCCAGUGUCACCAUAUAUUCCUGUUAGGGUGA